AUGGAGACGGACGUUGUUGACAAUAUCAAAAAUUCCAAUAUAAAGGACAUGGCUUCAAAUCAUACGGACUCACAAGAAGUUCAAACAACAUUCAUUGGGGAAACAGAUAAUACUCUACUUAUAAGUUUAAGACAUCAAAAUGAACUCACAACUGCUGAUGGUAAUCCCAUAACUCAAAUUAGAGUUCUCGAAGACUCUGGAAUACAUACCCAGAACCCAGCAUAUAAUAUAACUGAUAGUUUCAACCGACAGCAAUAUGAACGACAAGGAGCAAUGCCUAAUGAAAAGAACAGAAACUUCCCAGGAGGGUUUAAGAUCAGUAAAUCUGUGAAUCCUUCAACAGAACAAAGGGAACUAGACAAAAAUAGAAAAUCAGACCAAGGGAAUUUAUCAGGAAAUACAUAUGUGACACGCCACCAUGUUUUAAAACAAGAAAAGAUUAUCAAUGUCAAUGAUGAAGUUCUGAUAAAUCUCAAAGACAAACAGAUUGAUAAAACAGUUUUGAAAUUAGUUUCUGCUGAUCCAGCAAAAUAUACCAAAACAGUGGAAAUUUUAAGACAAGAAGGACCACUAGGUCCAUUACCAACUAUACAAAAUCGGACUUAUAAACUUAAUCAUGUAGUUGAAGGUUUGAGAAAUGAAAAUAUAGACACACAAUUCAAGCAGAUAACCGGAGAUAAUGUUCCAAAUAAGUUAGCGAAUAUGUGUUCCCAUUACAUUUCUGCGUUUGGAAAUUACAAAGGUGGUGUUGUUUAUUAUGGUAUAGAAGACAAAAAAGGAAUCGUGAUUGGUAUUGACUUAUCAAACUGUACACAUGACGAAAUUGAAACUGCACUUGAAAUUAAAAUUGGAGGAAUGAUCUUCGGUAAAUCUAUCACAAAACUAACAAGAAAAAGACAUUGGGAUACUCAAUAUUUUGAUAAAGAGGAAGAUGGAGAAGGGAACGCUAUCAUGCCAAACAGGAAGGUUAUAGCUGUCAAAGUGUGUAGAAUACCUGGAGGGGUAUUCACUGCAGUCCCUGAAUCUUAUUAUGUUGAUGAUGAUGGAAAUGUAAAACAGUUUAGUGAUUUCGAAGAAUGGAGAUCUAAGAUGUUAUCAUCGUAUAAAGAUUCCCCUGCAACAAAAGGAGAUGCACAUCAGCUUAGAGAAAACAUACACAAUAUACGUGAUGAGAUUAAAGAUCUGAAACUCAGCUCAAUUCAUAGACAGCCAAUAAGUGACAAUUCUACGGUAAAUGACUCCAUUGUUGUAGGCAGAACUGUAGUAGGUGAAAUGUCUAGCAAUAUUGAAGAAUGGCAUUUAGUGGAAAAUUACAUCUAUACCGAAAGAUAUUAUCAGAAAUUAAAAAAAUGUAUGGAAACUAAAAAAUGUGUAAUUCUGAAAGGUUUGAUAGGAACAGGGAAAUCUGAGCUUGCUCUACAGUACUGCUAUAAAGUUAGAAAAAACAAUCCUAACAUCAUAGUCUAUAAGUUACGAUGUACAGAUACAAAUAUGUUUCAAAAAACAUUGCGUGAGCUUUGCAAAUGCCUCCCCAACAUAAAUAUAAUUGAAGAAGAAGACACUCAAAAAGAAACACUUAACAAACUAGAAGAUGCCAUAGUAAGGGGGAUGAGGGAUAGAGACGGAUAUCAGUUCUUGCUUCUAGAAGAUGUGAAUCUAAAUUCUAAACGUGCUGUGAAUGACUUUUUGAAGAAAUGUAAGCGCGUUGGAAACAUUAAACUAAUUGUGACAACCUCAGUGUCAUUAGAUUUAGAUCCAAUCACAGAUGAAGUAGUAGAAGUCAGUGGAUUUUCGGAAAAUGAAGCAGUAGAUUUUCUGGCAUAUGGCAAAAGUGGAGAUAGAGAGAAUUACUUACAGCUUGCCAGGAAAUUUAGCUGUAAUCCUAAAGGGUUGCAUAUUGCAAGGUCAUACAUGUCAUAGGCAGGUA